AUGAAGAGGCAGAACGUGCGGACUCUGUCCCUCAUCGUCUGCACCUUCACCUACCUGCUGGUGGGCGCCGCCGUCUUCGACGCCCUCGAGUCGGACCACGAGAUGCGCGAGGAGGAGAAACUCAAAGCGGAGGAGAUCCGGAUCAAGGGGAAGUACAACAUCAGCGCCGAGGACUACCGGCAGCUGGAGCUGGUGAUCCUGCAGUCCGAGCCGCACCGCGCCGGCGUCCAGUGGAAAUUCGCCGGCUCCUUCUACUUUGCCAUCACGGUCAUCACCACCAUAGGUUAUGGGCACGCUGCCCCCGGCACCGACGCGGGCAAGGCCUUCUGCAUGUUCUACGCGGUGCUGGGCAUCCCGCUGACGCUGGUCAUGUUCCAGAGCCUGGGCGAGCGGAUGAACACCUUUGUGCGCUACCUGCUGAAGCGCAUCAAGAAGUGCUGUGGGAUGCGCAACACAGAAGUGUCCAUGGAGAACAUGGUGACUGUGGGCUUCUUCUCCUGCAUGGGGACGCUGUGCAUCGGGGCGGCCGCCUUCUCCCAGUGCGAGGAGUGGAGCUUCUUUCACGCCUACUACUACUGCUUCAUCACGUUGACUACCAUUGGGUUUGGGGACUACGUGGCGCUGCAGACCAAGGGCGCCCUGCAAAAGAAGCCACUGUACGUGGCUUUUAGCUUUAUGUAUAUCCUGGUGGGGCUGACUGUCAUCGGGGCCUUCCUCAACCUGGUGGUCCUCAGGUUCUUGACCAUGAACAGCGAGGACGAGCGGCGGGAUGCCGAGGAGAGGGCGUCCCUUGCCGGAAACCGCAACAGCAUGGUCAUUCACAUCCCCGAGGAGGCGCGCCAGGGCCGGCCCCGGUACAAGGCGGAUGCCCCGGACCUGCAGUCCGUGUGCUCUUGCACCUGCUACCGCCCGCAGGAUUACGGAGGCCGCCCGGUGGCCCAACAGAACUCCUUCAGCGCUAAGCUCGCCCCCCAGUACUUCCACUCCAUCUCGUACAAGAUCGAGGAGAUCUCACCAAGCACAUUGAAAAACAGCCUCUUCCCGUCCCCCAUCAGCUCCAUCUCCCCCGGGUUACACAGCUUUACCGACAACCACAGGCUGAUGAGACGGCGGAAGUCCAUUUAGGGUGCGGGGUGGGCGGCGUAGGCAGAAAGAGUCACUUGUC